AAAUACUAUUAAUUGCGCGUGGCGAUAUGAUGAUGAUCAUCAACAUCAACUUCAUUGCGAUGAAAGCGCGCGCGUCUUGAACUUAUUAUGCACGCGGCGAAGAUCGUUUUCAGAGUCUGGCCCGGAUUAUUCGGAACGAUCAUCUGAAAGAUCGCAGGUUGUUGCUGCUGCUGCUGCAGGAGCCAGCAUUUUCCCUGGUGCAGAGUCUUGUCCAUCCCACCGGUGCAGAAGAUAGGAGCGAGCGUUCGAGCCGCCGUCGCCACCGAAAGAUCAGCUCUCCUCUCUCAGUAUGCGGCGCGCGGAGCUGAUGCCCCCUUCAGAUGGUUAUCGCCUUAAGAGCCGAAUAAAACGAACACUUUUGUGUGUCUCUCCCCUUCGGUUCCUCUAACAGAAAAGCAAAUCUUUACCAGAUAAAGAAGGAACAGUGUACCGAUUCCAAAUAGCCGUGCUCCAUUCGCGCCUCAUGGGUGUUGUUGUUUGUGUUUGUUGUGAAAAAAAGUCAAUCAGCAUUUUCAUUUUUGAAUUAGUGAUUUUUCCCAGUUCUACUUAAAAAUAAUGAGUGUUUACGCAAUCAAGUAUGACGACGGCAUCCACCCCGGAUAUAUCGAUGGCGGUGCGUCCGGCGGGGGCCUCUACGAGCCCCACGUGGCGCACCGACCCUCCAUACACCAUUCGCCGCACCUAAACCAUGCCAUGCAUCCAUACCAUGCGAACCACGUCGCCCCAGCGGCCAACCAUGUCAUGGGCGGCGCCGUUCCCGACGUCGGGAAAAGGGACAAAGACGCAAUCUACGGACAUCCGCUUUUCCCGCUAUUGGCAUUAAUUUUUGAAAAAUGCGAGCUGGCGACGUGCACGCCCCGGGAACCAGGGGUGGCAGGGGGCGACGUCUGCUCAUCGGAGUCCUUCAACGAAGACAUCGCCGUCUUUUCAAAACAGAUCCGACAAGAAAAACCCUACUACAUCGCGGACCCCGAAGUCGAUUCACUCAUGGUACAAGCGAUACAGGUGUUGCGGUUUCACCUCCUCGAACUAGAAAAGGUGCACGAGCUCUGCGACAAUUUCUGUCAUAGAUAUAUCAGUUGUCUGAAGGGAAAAAUGCCCAUCGAUCUGGUGAUAGACGAACGGGACGGAACGAAGCCCCCAGAGUUAGGCGGAUCUACGAACGGUGACGGCGGCACCAGGAGUAACGCGGACUCCACAUCCCACACGGACGGAGCGAGCACGCCGGAUGUUCGACCGCCCUCCUCGUCCCUCUCGUACGGGGGCCCCGUGAACGACGACGUGAGGUCGCCGGGCACUCCGGGCCCCCUCUCGCAGCCCCCAUCCUCGCAGCAGACGAUCGACGGUUCAGAUCCAGAUGCCAUCGGUAAAUGGUGUCCGCGAAGAGAAUGGUCAUCACCACCGGAUGCGAGGGCGACGAGCGAUGCAGCGAGGAGAGGUGUCCUUUACUCCUCCGUCUUCCUGGGCAGCCCCGGUGAUGCCAGUAAUGCGAGCAUCGGGAGCGGCGAAGGAACGGGCGAGGAAGACGAUGACACGAACGGCAAGAAGAACCAAAAAAAGCGCGGAAUCUUCCCGAAAGUGGCCACGAAUAUACUCAGAGCGUGGCUGUUCCAGCACCUCACGCAUCCAUACCCUUCGGAGGACCAGAAGAAGCAGCUGGCGCAGGACACGGGCCUCACGAUACUCCAAGUCAAUAACUGGUUUAUCAACGCGCGGCGGAGGAUAGUUCAACCAAUGAUCGACCAAUCGAACAGAGCAGUUUUCUCUCCUCACGCAGGUCCCAGUGGAGCAUACAGUCCUGAUGGUACGAUGGGUUACAUGAUGGACGGCCAGCAGAUGAUGCAUCGACCGCCCGGCGAUCCGGCCUUCCACAACCAGUACGCGCACUACCCCGCGGAGUAUUACGGACACCAUCUGUGAGGUCAUACGCAUACAACGACGGACAUUCAAAUAUGCAACUCAUAAAUGUGAUUAUUCAUUGUACAAAGUGUAAAUGUAGUGCCCCAGUGUUUAGUAACGGGAAGGACUUGUACAAAUAAGUAUUAGACACUCGUGUGUGCGCGAGUUUGUACAUAACAAUAAUAACACUAUAUAAAUAUAAAUAUUAUAUAAAAAAAAAAUGAAUAAAAAAAAGAAGUAAAUAAUAAUAAAUAGAAGAACGCGAGAGUUAAGGGAGAGCGAGAGAGUGAGAAAGAAAGAAAGCGGUGAGCUUGAGUGGAUGUAAAGUGAAAUAAGAAAAAAAAA